UUACCCCUCACCGCUCCUGGUCCCGUGCACCCGUAGCUCUUCCCCCAACAUCCAAUUCUCUCCUCUUCUCCCGGCGAGCCGGACCGGUCAACUUCUUCACUGCAAGAAUGUCGGCGGAAGAGGAGGUCCCCAGAUAUGCAGACUGUCUGGCCCAGCCUCUGAUCUCGAAAUUGGCGUUGUCUCAUCCACCAAGUCGCCGUCUACGUAAUGUUCCAAAAUGAAGCCCGAUCGAUCGUACCUGGCACCGAGUCAGCAUCUCUACGCAUCAAGCUAAUUCGCAAACAACACUGCCAACUCACCAGUAAUCGAAAAUCUGCGACCCAAGCACAUGUCUGCCAACACCCCACACCAAGUCGUAGCCCUUAUCCCGAAGCCAUUGGUGGCCCAACGACUGAAUAUCGAAAUCGUGUACCUCGAAGCUCGAGUGGUGGACGUGGUAUUUGGGCCCUGAAGUCAUUGAACCAAGUGUGAUGAUCGACCUGUUCCAUCCCUCUGUCCAAAUGAAGGAAAGUAGAGACGUCCUUCCCGUUGGGCUCGUGGAUGAUGUCGCUCGGCUUGAGGUUGAACCGAGUGGUGUAGAACUCGAACGCCUUGGCAAAGUUGGUCACGCAACACCCAACAUGGCCCAAUUUGUGAACGGCCGCUGGUGCCUUCUUGAACCGUUGUGUCUUGUUGACGGGCCGAUGCUUGUUCUCAGGGAAGUUGUACUCCAGCUCGGGCAGGUGCGCUGACUUUUCGACGGGGGUUUGCCCAUACACCAGGUGGAAGGGGAAGUCAUCGACAGGAUCUCUGAAGGUUACGCGCUUGCCGCCACCGGGCGCAUCGGAAUCGUGGACUGGGGUCGCCUUGGGAAGAGUCUUGGAGGCGAGCUCCAAGUCCUCCAGGGACUCGACAACGAAUCCGGCACCACCAAACUCAUUUUCGGCGCCCUUGGUGGCACAGUAUACAAAGGGCUCGGUCCCAUAGCCCUUGAAGUAUACUGUAUCACCUCUGUCGUCGGCUACCGUGAACCCGAAGUCGGCCAAAAACUCGCGUGCCUUGUCCAGAUCGGCAUGGGUGUAGUACACAUGUGCAAUACGCACAAGCUUGAUCUUGGGAAUCUGCUGCUCGGCCGUCAUGUUGGCGAUGGACGUCUGGUAGGUCGUUUGAGGUGUGUUUGGUCAGAAAGAUCUAAUCUGAUCUUCUCAGCGGGGCGAGGACAUUGAGAUAUGGUCGACCUUAAUUCCACCGAGAAGCACAGGGUAUUUAGUUCGCCCGGAAGAUGCACCGUUCUUCGGGGCAAAUCAUUGCUUGGCAGUCACAAAGGUGGGUCUGCGGCGAGUCAAGCUGACCCCUUUUCACUGCUCAGUGGCAUCACAGCACGUCUCUCCAGUGAAUUUCCGGUUGUCCUUUUCCAGCAAUCACUUUGUCACUCUGUACGCAGGUGAUCAUUGCGUAUCACAACUCUUCGCUUCCUGUUUUGGGCCCUUUGUGUCGUUGGCAAAGACACCUCUAAGUGAGGCUCAACUAUCCUUGCAAGCUGUGCAUAUUUGCAACCACCCAUCCUUUCCCUUUCACGCCUACCAGGUAUCUGCAUCAGAGAAGCCGCCGCGACCAUGUGUCUCGCCUGUCACUCUGUCCAGCUGUCUUCGGUGGCCUGCGAGUUAACAGUUAACCCGUCCCCGAUAUGCCAUCCGCCGUUCUUGGCACGGGCGAUUUGCGAAGAAACUGUGGGGUUGUUUACUCCGUUGGCUUUGUCAAAGCUGACAUGGCGAUGUUGAAUGAUACUUAUCCCUGAACGACCCCGCUGACAACCAGGUAUGGGGUUGGACGGCCCCUCACAUAAACAAUCCAAAGUCGUCAAGGUGUUUCGAAUUUUUGCUGGGCUGUCUCUGCUUCUCCUCUAAACUUCGAUCGCCGCGAUACUUACAAUGGCCGACGAGAUCAUCAAGACCGACCUCCUCAUUGUUGGAGCAGGCCCUGCGGGUGCUGCUCUGGCAUGCUUCCUCUCAUCCUAUGGGCGGAAAGGAAUCAUCAUUUCGGCCGCUUCUGGCACGGCGCAUACGCCCAGAGCUCAUAUCACCAACAUGGCUGCCCUGGAAUGUCUGAGAGACAUUGGACUGGACCGGCAAUGCAUCGAUGUAGGCGCUGCGGGGAACCAUAUGGUGCACACAAGAUGGUGCCAUUCCAUGGCCGGCGAUGAAUACGCCAGGCUCUAUUCUUGGGGCAACGAUCCGAAACGCAAGGGUGACUAUGAUGCGGCAAGCCCUUGUGACCACGUCGACCUUCCUCAGACCGAACUCGAGCCAAUUCUCACGCGGAGAGCAAUUCAUACUGGCUGGACCUUGCGAUUCGACACCUCCUUUGUGUCGUUCACGCGUCCUGAGCCGGACGUUAUCAUCAGCGAAGUCAAAGACAACCUUUCUGGCAAAACGUAUAAGAUCCAGUCACGCUUUCUGUUUGGUUGCGACGGCGCCCGCAGCCAAGUCAUCCGCGAGCUCAAGAUUCCCCUCAUCAAAAAACCUGGGCAAGGAUUGGCACUCAAUGUGCUCCUGAAGGCCGAUCUUUCACAUCUCGUCAAGAACCGAACCGGAAACCUACACUGGGUCUUCCAACCGGAGAAGGAACAUCCAGCUUGGGGUUGGGCCUGCAUUGUCCGAAUGGUUCGGCCGUGGGACGAAUGGAUGUUUAUCUUUCUCCCAUCCCCCGGUGCCGAUGUCAAGGGUGACGACAUGAUUGCUUCGAACGAAGAGUACAUUGCCCGGGUCAAACAGUUCAUCGGGGACGAGUCGGUUGAUGUCGAGAUCAAGGACGUGAGCAAAUGGAUGAUCAAUGAGACGGUUGCGGAGUAUUAUUCAGACGGAAACAUCUUUUGCUUGGGCGAUGCUGUCCAUCGCCAUCCACCAUUCAACGGUCUGGGAUCCAACACUUGCAUCCAGGAUGCUUUCAACCUGGCAUGGAAGCUUGAUUACGUCAUGUCUCGCCGUGCAGGUCCCAGCCUCCUGGAUACCUACAGCACCGAGCGUCAACCGGUUGGUGUAGAUAUCAUCACCCGGGCCAACCAGGGUCUUCGCGACCAUGCAUUGUGGAUGAAGUCUAUCGGCAUGUUGGAACCCGAUUUGGAGAAGAGGAAAGCUAUUCUGGCCGAGUUUGAGGACAAGGGCGAAGUUGGCAGGAAGAGGCGACAAGAGUUCCAAGCGGGUAUCGAGAACACGGGCACCGAAUUCCAUGGGUUGGGCAUCGAGAUGAAUCAACAGUAUCGGUCGAAUGCCGUGUAUCAUGGGGAUGAGCCAGAGGCUCCGGCUCUGCCUGAGGACGCUGUGCGUGAACGUCUCAUCUCCAGCUACCCAGGUAUGAGGUUACCCCACGCCUGGUUGAACACACGGAAGCCAGGCCAGCAGUUCUCGACUAUUGAUCUUGCUGGCCAUGGGCGGUUCUGUCUUCUCACUGGGCCUGGUGGCCACAAGUGGAAGGAAGCUGCGGUCAACGCCGCCAAGGCCGUGGGGGUGGAUAUUGUGAGUUACUCGAUUGGCUGGAAGGAGGACUAUGAGGAUGUCUAUUUUGACUGGGCGAAGCGCAGGGAGGUGGAGGAGGACGGGUGUGUGUUGGUUCGCCCAGAUAGGUUCGUUGCUUGGCGGUCAAAGUCCAUGAUUUCGAACCCGCAGGAAAAGCUGGAAAAGGUCUUGCGGAAAGUCUUGUGUCUUUAAGCCGAGCGUGAUAAGAUAAUAAACACAGUUCACACAAUAUUAC